UGCAGCCGGAAUCGCGUCCAAUGAGCGUUGCCAUGGUCGUGCCCACCACUCCUCUUUCGACGUGCUCACGUUCAGAGGUGCUGAGCCACUUGAGGAGCAGAGCGGACAUUCGUGCGAAAGGUUCGCGCGUCUUCCUCACGUCUUUGUCUCGGAACCUCCAGGGUGCCUCACCAGCUACAGGCCCACAGGCGUUGGGCCUGGCAGUCAGGCAGGCGCUCUGGCAGUCGAGCAACUACAGCCUCAACGUGAACAAGGAUUGCCUGCUCUUGAUGGAGUGUUUUCAAGGCCAAGCCGAUGCAGAAGUACUAGACCUCCACCUCUUCCUGCAGGAACAAGCCCAGCAGGCUUUGGCACUGCAUUCGGAGUUCGUCCGCAUCGAGGAGCGCUUUCAGAAGUAUGGGCCGGUUGAGCAGCCUCCCAAGGAGACUGCCCCAGGUGAGCUCUCAAAGAGUCCGGCAGCGUCUCUUGCAAGCUGGGCACAAGUUCCAGUGCAAGGCAGCUCGGAUUUCCAGGAAUUGGCGGCGGACGUGCCAGCCACGGGGCUGAGUGUGGCCCCUGCACAGAUAUCUUUAGUCGAGGUAGAACCAGCCACACAUGCAGAGAUGGAAGGCAUGGAAGAAGACAAUGUCCUGGGUGAUAUCCACCAGUCCGGCAAUGACAACUGCAAAGGCUUGGUCACGAACCCCGCUGACGAGACAGCAUUUGCAACUGAUGCGGAGCUCCUUUGCGCCUCAGAGAUGUGCUGUCCCAAGACAAAGUCAGGGGCUGUUGCAUCAGUUACAGUGCCGCGCUGCGAUGCAAGUACAGCCGACGAAGAUGAGACUUUGGUAUCCCAGAGCGAGGCUGAUGCACGGAGUCCUGGGAGGGAUGAUUCACCAAGCUGGCAGCUUUGCCGGGUGUCACCCAAGCUUGCCGAUCUGGAGGGCCACCCGAUCUUGCUGUUGUGCAAGGCACUGCCUUGCAGAGAUCUUUUCUCUCUUCGGCUUACCUGCCAGCUGGCAGUCUCUGAAUCCAGACGGGAGAUGGAAGACAGGCUGAAGGCAGUUUGGAAACGUGCAAGUGAGAAGGCAGGAUACGCUACAAAGACCCCCACGGCCGAAAGCACGUGUUGUGAACCCACAAAGGCUCCAUGCAAGCCAGAGCCACGGCUGGAAGAGACCUCAGUGAUUCUGAACGUUUACGACGUGUCCAAUAGUUCUGGGAUUCAGUGGAUCAAUGCCCUCUUCGCCAAUCAUUACUCGCCAGUCAAGUUCGGUGGGAUCUUUCACAUUGGAGUGCAGGUUGGCUCGAAGGAAUGGUCAUACGGGUACAAAGCUGAAGGCUCUGGAGUCUUCUGGACACCUCCACUUUUCCAAGCCUGCCACCAUUUCCGAGAAUCCAUUUGCAUGGCAAAUGCCAAAUUGUCUCAAGUUGAGAUCGCAGCCAUCAUGAAGGAGCUGGAAGCUGAGUGGACAGGGCCCAGUUACAAUGUCUUCCGCAGAAACUGCUGCCAUUUUGCCGAUGCGGUUUGUCAACGCCUGGGAGUUGGGAGCGUUCCAGAAUGGACCUACCGUUUGGCCAACAUCGGCAGCACAGCUGCAGAGGCCUUCAGGAUGCUGGAUGGUCCUGGCAUGAUGCCCAUCAGCUACUGUAGUCGAGCGCCCGUGGCUUUGCCCCCGGCGCCUGCUUCUCAGGCGGCGCAUCCUGCCCCGUCGGGGGAGCUCGACAUUUGAGGCGCUCUCCUGGGCCGCGAGGUCAAUUUGGGGCCAGCUGCCGGAAGUGCCAGAGGCCCAGUUCCGUGUAGAACAUGCCAAGCAUGGCGUAGAUAGAUUGUGUAAGGCGAAAGCCUAGUAGGGGAAUCACUUGCUAAAUGCAAAGUCGACCUGGUGCCGAGUGCAAGGCGCUGAACGCAAAACA